AUGAAUAAACAUACCAAUAUAAGAAAUUCUGACAUUUCUGAUUUUGGAGAAUCUAUCCUUCGUCGUACCGUAAAAAACCCAGAACAAUUCGAGCUAGCAUAUUAUCAUGAAGCAGCUGAUCAAAACAUGGCUCUUAAACAAGUCUCUCAAAAAUAUAACAAGCCUUCUUAUAACAGAACAACAGAUCCAAAAUUCGAAUCAAUAAGCACGCGAAAGAAAAAAAAGUCCACUCAAUUCGAUAAUUCAAAUAAUAAAAAUACACAUUCUUUUGAGGAAAUACAUGAACAUAUUGAUGAAACAUAUGACAGUGGCUCCCAGUACCAAGCAUCGGAACCUUUUGAAUCUGAAACUUUACCACACACAAAUGUGGAAAAUAAAACAAACAAAAAACAUCGAAACCACGUUAAAACUAAAAUUAAACAUCACCAUCAUCAUCAUCAUCAUAACCAUAUUAAAGAGCUUAUAAAAACAAUACCACAACCAUAUUCGGUUGAAAAAGUUGUGCAUGUACCAAUUGAAAAAGUGGUAGAAAAAGUUGUGCAUGUUCCUAAAUUUAUAAAUGUUACCAUAGAGAAAAUUGUACACGUACCAAUAGAAAAAAUAGUCGAAAAAGUGAUUCAUAUCCCAAAACCGUAUGUUGUUGAAAAAUUAGUUGAAAAAAUAAUUCAUGUUCCCAAACCAUAUCCUGUUCUUAGAACCGUUCCGUAUCCAAUUGAAAUUAAAGUUCCGAUUCAAGUUGAAAAAAAAGUACCGUUUCCAUACAAGGUUGAAAUUGAAAGAAAAGUUCCCGUUUAUAUUCAAACAAAAGAGCCAUAUACAUUUGAGAAGUCAAGUACUGAACACUACAGUCAAUUCGACCAGCCGAAAUUUAACAUUGAAAGGGAUCAUCACAGUAGUCAAUUCGAUCAGCCGAAAUUUAACAUUGAAAGCGGCCUGGGAAACCAUCAUUACAAUAGGGUUUAUAAAUUCAAAGAACAAAAAAUUCCUAAUAAAAUAGAAGACCUUCAAUAUACUGUUGAAACGAAAAAUAAUAAACAUUUAGAGAAUAGCGGCAGUCAACAGUAUGCAUCUGCAAGCGAAAAUAUGCCCUGGAAAUUUGUAGGCAGCAAUUCACAGCUUUUAGUGAACAUGAACAAUGAAGGUCAAGGGAAGCCGCCGAAAUUCCAUAUUGAAAGCGACAAUAUGGGGGCUAAAGAGUAUGCAAAAUCUACGCUACCACCGAAACACGUUCAGCAUCAGUUAUAUAACAUAAAAGAAAUAAACCUCCCUUAUAAUGCAGCUAACUUUCAAAAAACGUUUCAACCAGAGCAGUACCAGCCAUCUGGUACAUCUAUGUCAUGGGUCGAACAAGUUGGCAGCCAACUGAACCUCAAGCCGCAUAACCUAGUGGUACUGGUGCCACUGCGAUAG